AUGUUGGAGCUUAUUGUUUGGAAUAGUCUUGGAGGCAAUAGCAUUAACUGGGGUGGAAUGGAACGUAUGACGAAAGGCGAAUGCGAUUUACUUGUUCAUGCCAGUGGUGAUGAAUCAUUCUGUUUGGAACGUAUGUCGAUGUAUUAUAAAAUGGUUGAAAACUUUGAGACAACUGCACCGUGUCCGAUCGACGGAAUUCAUGGAAACAAUGGUCCCAUUCAUAUGAUACAUGUUGAUGAGCCUCUUUUCUCUGACGUAUGGAAAAAGGUCGCUGAUGAACUCGGUGAAACUUUUAGCGAUGAUCUAGCCGGUCCUAUUGAUUAUGGUUUUUCAUUCGAACCAUCGUCAUUCGUUCACGACGUGAGACACUGGAGUGCUUCCGAAUAUUUAAUUCCUGCUUUCGACAAAUAUCCGAACCUCACUGUAAUAACAGGCGCUACUGUAACUAAAUUCAAUGUGAAUACAAUUACAAAGCGUAUUGACAAUGUUCUUUUCGUCUCCUCUCGUGGUUGCUUCAGUGCUAUUGCUCGAAAAGAAUAUAUUUUGUCUGCUGGCACAUUUUUCAGUCCUCAUCUACUUCUGUUAUCGGGUAUAGGUGAUCCGGAACUUCUUGAGAAAAACAGUAUACAAAUGACACAUGCUUUGACCCAAGUUGGAAAGAAUCUUACUGACAAUGGUCUUCUCACACUUGAAUAUGAAAUGAAGGGUUUGCCUGUUGAUCAAUGCAUACCGGUCGCUUUAGUCAACCGUCAAAUGAAGACUACCGAAAGGAAUUCUGAUUUGUUCUUUGUUCUAAAAAUGAAUCGUACAACAGAACAUCUUUAUGCACUUAUUUUCAAUGGAUCGCCCAAAUCUUCCACUGGUUCUAUUUCAUUGUAUAAUUCCAAUCCACUCGUACCGCCAAAAGUAACUUUAAAUUACCUUGAAGAUGAAAAAGACGUUGGGGCGUUUGUAGAUGGCAUUAAUUAUCUUCGACGAAUGAUGUCUACGAAUGCAAUAAAAGAAAUUGCUCGAGUGACUGAAAUUUCACCAGGAAUUCAAGAGACGAACUUGUCUAAUUAUGUCCGUAAUACAUUGGUACCUGCACAUCAUUUCAUCGGUACGUGUUCAAUGGGAGAAGAUGCAAAGACCUCAGUGGUUGAUAAAAACUUCAAGUUACAUGGACUAGAAAAUCUUCGCGUAGUGGAUGCGUCAGUAUUUCCAAAAGGUUUCGUGUCCAAAUUAGGUCCCUGUUUGACUGUCUAUGCUUUAGCUGAGAAAGCUGCAGACAUUUUGAGACAAGAUUAUUCUUGCCAAUAA